GGCGGGCUCGCGCUCUGUUUAAGCAGAACACAAUUACAAAGAGACGCAAAUAUUUGCUAAGAAAACACAGCGCGCGCCCCCGUCCAGGGUAUAAAUGGGCCAUCAACGCUGGGCCAACUGGCACAGAGCGCCGCCUGAGGAGCGACCUGCGUCUCCGUCACUGAGAGGAUGGCAGCGAGCGUCAUCAGAACACUGAGCGGUUUUGGAUUGACCAGGCCGGUCCAGACCUGCUUCCUUCCCACUGAGGAAGAGGAGGCUGAGGACGAAUAUGAAGAGGAACUCAGAGAGGAGGUGGAGGACAGCUUUGAGGAGGAGGAUUCCCCACCUACUGAGCAACAAGAGGAAGAGCCGUGGGCUGAGAAUCCCCCUGCUAGCCACACUGAGAUGACUGAUCGUCUGCUGAGGUUCGCUGAGCUCAUCAGCAGUGACGUGCAGCGCUAUUUUGGACGCAGUCACGACCCUGACGCUUGUGAUAUUUACGCAGAACGGGCGUGUCCUGAGGUCAGUGGCCGGCAGCGGUACUACGCCGACUUCAUGAGGGUGGCAUCAUCAGAGCAGGGUGGGGAGCCUGAGAAGCUGGGCCCCCUCGCGGAGCUCUUCAAGGAGGCCCACAGGAAAAGGCAGGGUUUACCCAUGACUCAGCGCCGUCUACCCAGCAGCUUCUGGACGGAGCCGCGCCCUUGCCACCUUGCUAACAUGCCAGAUAUGCUCGGUUGCCCCAUGGAAACCACACUUAGAAGCACCAACACUCCAGUCAGCAUAUUGAGUACUUCUAAUACUCCAGUUAGCACCAUCAGCAGCUCCAGUACUCCAGAUUUCAGUGACUUGCUUGCACACUGGGCUACAGACAGAGACAAUGGCAGUGAUUUCGGUUGUGACUACCAGCUUCCAUAAAGCUCUAUAACGACUAAUUAUUCAGGUAAUCAAGUUAUAACUCGAUUAUUGUGAUGAUUAAUCAAGUGAUCAGAGUUUUUUAAAACAGCCCCAACGAUACAACUGGACUUAACAAACUCUGCAGAGUGUUUUGAUGAUUCCCAAAUACAUCAAAGGAAAAAAGAAUAGCUAGGAAGCCUUUAAAAGACUUUUAAAGAUUGUUUCUGAUCUGAAGUAAGAGCGGAGCUUGAUUUUCUCCUCUGUCUCAAAGAUGAAAGCUUUAAGUGCUGUUUAUCUGAUGGUAAUAGUUUCGGUGGUCUACAGGGUCUUGCAUGGUUGUUAGGAGUCCCAUUUUCUCUGUAUCUUUCAGUCAUUUUUUUAAACUUUAGUUGUAGCAAGUUCUAUUUUUCACCUUCCUUAUGCAAGUGGGUUAUCUUAUAUCUAAUCUCCUCAGAAAUAUCUCCUGAAAAAUGAA